AGACAGUGUCAGUUCAGUCUUCAGGGGAAUACUGAAUUGUUUAUACAGCUCCAAACAUUAGUCAGAGCAUUUUUCCUUUGCGACACGCCCCUUGAUUUGCGUAUAAAACGGGAGUGAGUGAAAAUCAGGUUAUCACUCCAACAUUUCAACCAAAGCCAGUGUCAGGUUUCUUGCCAGAAUCUUUUGUACUUCCUACUGUGGGAGAGAUAAGGGAUUUUUCUGAAGAUGGUGAAAUACAAAGUCACUGUUUACACUGGCAGUAAUUUUAGUGCCACUACAUUAAACAAAGUGUUCAUCAAAUUAGUGGGAGAGGAUGGAGAGAGUUUCCGAACCAAGCUUGUCAGUCUAAAGGGUGCAGCGUCUUUUUACAGAGGAACAUCAUCUAAAUUCUCUGUAUGCACUGACCUUGACAUCGGUAAAGUUCUACUGAUUGAACUGGACAAACAGCCGAUCCUCCUGACGCCAAAAGACGCUUGGUUUGUGGAUAAGGUCUGCGUGAAGACUCCUGAUAAAAAGGUCUACACGUUUCCAAUUUACCGCUGGAUCGACGACACCAAUGUGCACCGCUUCAGAGAGGCCACAGCUCUGAGAGUCAUUGACGACACUCACCAUCUUGGUAGAUAUAGUCGGGAACAGGAGCUGAAGAAAAGAGCAGAAGAUUACAAUUGGCAUGUGUACGCUGAUGGCCUUCCCCACUGUAUCAAAACAUCAGGUCUUGCCAGUUUACCCUGUGAGGUGCAGUUCUCCUUCACAAAGACCUCAGAGUUUGCAUUCACCGCUGCCACUGGGUUGUUAGAGCUAAACCUAAAGGGGCUGGCUAAUCAAAGAACUCUGUGGAAAGAUUUUGAGGAAAUUGACAAAGUCUUUUGCAACAAGAGCACUGACAUAUCGGAGUAUGUAAAGAAGCACUGGAGAGAGGACGCUUUCUUUGGAUACCAGUACCUGAAUGGAAACAACCCCAUUUUGAUCCGGCGCUGCACCUCUCUGCCCGACAACUUCCCUGUCACUGAUGAAAUGGUCUUCGUUCAUGGUUGCAAAAGCUUUUCUGAUGAGAUGCAGAAAGGCAACAUUUACUUGUGCGACUACAAGACUUUGGAUGGAGUAAUGACCAAUGUUAUCAACGAGAAAAGGCAGUAUUUGGUCGCUCCUCUUGUUCUUCUUCACAAAACACCUGACGAUAAGCUGAAGCCUAUUGCCAUCCAGCUCAAACAGACUCCAUCAGACGACAACCCCAUUUUCGUCCCGUCUGACUCAGAGUACGACUGGUUAGUGGCGAAAGCUUUUGUGAAAAGCGCAGAUUUUAGCGAACACCAGCUCAACGUGCACCUGCUGCGGACUCACCUUCUGGCUGAAGUCUUCUCGCUGUCCCUGCUGAGGAAUAUGCCCAUGGUUCAUCCUCUGUACAAGCUCCUCAUCCCCCACACGCGUUACACUCUGCAGAUCAACUUCUUGGCUCGACGUCUGCUCAUAUCAGACACGGGAGUCUUUACACAAUUUGCAUCUUCUGGCGGAAAGGGCAUGUUCACCAUCCUCCGUAGGUCGCUGUCCUCCAUGACCUACACCUCCCUCUGUAUCCCAGACGACAUCGCAGAGAGAGGGGUGGAGUCUCUGCCCAACUACUACUACAGGGACGACGGACUCCGGCUUUGGGACAUUAUACACAGGUUUGUGAAAGGAGUGCUGAGCUACUACUACAAAAACGACCAGGAGGUUAAAGAUGACGUGGAACUGCAGAAGUGGAUCCAGGACAUUUAUGAACAUGGAUUUCUCUCGCAGGACGGCACAGGAAUCCCACAAAGCUUCAGCACCGUGGAGGAGAUGGUCAAAUUUGUCACCAUGGUGAUCUUUACGUGCUCAGCUCAACACGGAGCUGUUAACAGUGGACAGUAUGACUACGGUGGCUGGAUGCCCAACACCCCCAUCACUCUACAGCAGCCUCCCCCGAUCAAGAAGGGCACCGCCACCGAAGCGUCUUUCCUCCAGACACUGCCCAACGUCGACACCACGGUCCAAGGCAUGGCGACGAUGUGGCUCCUCAGCAGGCAGUCCUCAGACUUUGCUGGUCUGGGCUGUUACCCUGAUUUCCACUUCUCUGAGGAGAAGCCGCUGAAUCUCAUUCACACGUUUCAAGAAGAACUGAUCCAGCUCAGCAUCAAAAUCAAAGAACGAAACAAGAGCCUGGAGGUUCCGUACACGUACAUGGACCCCAGUGAGGUGGAGAACAGCGUCGCUAUUUAGUCCAGGGAAGACAACAUGGGAUUUGUUUUUUUUAUUAACAAUUAAAUGCAGAUUUGUAUGUUUCUUGUUUUAUGUGCUUAUCAAAUCUUACAUAUGUAUCUAUCUUAAUUUGAAAAGGAUAACAUUUACCUACAAGUAUUUGCUCCUAAAGUAACAAGUCGCCUGGAGUGUCCUGCUCUGAAAUGUGAAAUCAUCUGUGUAAUAAUUAAGUCAAAGUUCAAAGGCAGACGAUCUGUGGCCAGGACUGGUCAGAUUUACAUCAUAUAUCCAUGAUUAUCAGAGAGAUGGAAAAUUAAAUGCUGCCAUAAAAAUUUGCAGUUAAUUAGAAAUUCAAAACAAAAUCUUCUAUGUUUUAAAUAGUGGCUAGUCUUUAAAAUGAACCCACAAAGCAGCUGUAGUAUUUAUUUUAUAGUUUAGUGUCCUAGACAUGAAGUAAACAUGGAUGGAAUCUACAACUGAUUUUACUCACAAUUACUGUGUUGAUUUAUUCAUACAUGAAAACAUUUUACAUUAUGUAAACAUGUUUACACUGGUUUGUUUUGGUUAAAAAGUGAAUGAGCUCCUUGCUUUGACUUGCUGAAUUCAACAGAUUCUCCAACUUGUGUUUGUGUCCUCGAUAUUGGCAGCUAACGAAGCCCAACUGAAACUUACAACUGUUGUGAAAAUCAUUUUCAAAUAUUGUCCUUCAUGUCAGUGUGAGUUGGCUUGUAAUUCAUGUAUUAAAGGCUCACACUUUGCACGACACAGUUCUCAUUUUGGUCCUGGCUUCAUUUUAGUGUAAAUCUUUUCUGUGAUGAAGUCACCACAAUGUCCCGCCCCAGUGUCGCCUGCACACUCCACUCACACUCCCCACAGACUCCCUGCACACUCCCAGCAGACUCCACGUACACUCCCCACACACUCCAUACAGACUCCCUGCACACUCCUGGUGCACUCCCUGCACAUUCCCCACAGACUCCCCGCACACUCCCUGCUGUGGGAGGACCUAAACACACAGGUAGGUUUGGUCCUGUCCCAGGGUCAGGGCUGGACUCACCUGUUCACACUUUGUGCAGGCGGCUGCAGGACACACACACAGCCAGACCAGGCUUUACAUGGAGUGUCCUGAUUACAUGGGGGCAUUUUUUAAAUGAGUUUUUAAAGACUUGCUGCCGACUCUCACAACACUCACAGCUAAAAUAAGUCUGAUUCCUGGAGAGGGGCCUCCUGAAAAAUACCCUUUUGGUUUUUAGAGAGAUUCCCUGGUGUAAGCUGUUGAAAAGGGAUUAGUGAAUUAGACAUAUUUGUAGAAAUAUGACUUAAUAUGCAAUAAUGUUUACUUCAGGAAUGGCAUCUGGCAUAAAAAAAAAUAGAAAUAAACUUUGAUUUCACCCC